UUAAAAAUUAUUAUAAUGAUAUUACAUUAAAUAAUCUUAAUUUAAUCAACACACUUAAAAAUGAAAUUGAAAAUAAGAAAAAAGAAGAAGAACGUUUACAAAAACGUAUGACUGAACUUGAAAAUGAAAAUCGUAAAAUGCGUGAACCACUUGAAGCAGCAAGAAAAGAACUGGAAGAAUUACGACGUAAAGCAGAAAAUUUCGAAAAAACUAAAGCCUUAUAUGAAAAAACAAAAUCACAAUUGAAAAAUUGUGAAGCUGAUUUCAAGAAUUCGAAAUGGGAAUAUGAAGUUUUAUUACAACGAUUCGAAAUUAUUCAAAAAGAACGUGAUGAUCUUUAUAAUAAAUUUAUUAAAGCUAUUAAUGAAGUACAACAAAAGAGUAGUUUAAAGAAUUUAUUAUUAGAAAAGAAAUUGAGCACAUUGGCGGAUAGCUUGGAAAAGAAAGAAGCACAAUUGAAUGAAGUUCUUUCAGCAUCAAAUCUUGAUCCAGCUUCACUUUCUGUAGUUACAAGAAAACUUGAAGAAGUACUCGAUGCUAAGAACACAUCGAUUCGUGAUUUACAAUAUGAAUUGGCUCGUGUUUGCAAAGCUCAUAAUGAUAUUUUACGAACAUAUGAAGCUAAAUUACGUCAGUUUGGCAUUCCAAUAGAAGAAAUUGGCUUUAAACCUUUAGAAAGUGCUGUAGCUGGUCAACAAUUAGGUCGUGGUGUAGCUGGUCUUGUAACAAGUCCACCAUAA